UGUUUACUUGACAACAUUCGGAAACAGAUUUUGAAAUUCAACUGGGUGACUGGAAAGUGGUCUUCUACCAACUAAACACUAAAGACGACUGAUAUUAGGGUGCCCUCGGGGUGCCCCCCUUCACUCUGACUUCCUGUAUGGAUCCUGUUUAUGCAUAUAUGUUUGGAUUAUGGAGUUGACUGGCUGACACUGAGCUUAGCUGGCUCCGUUGAGAAAACAAGCAGCAAGACCAUGUCGGAUGGGAAGAUUUUAAAAGCGGAGAUAAUCUAUAUCAAGGAUUCACUGGAAGGAGGAGCAGGAAAAGAAACUAAGAAAAAUGAGCUGCACUCUCCAUUGGACCGAGUGAGCCGCUCCCAAACCUCCACGUCACUCGGUGGCCAGUCUGAAAAUACACACAAACACAGCGGCACUGCCUCCAUGGAGACAACUGCUAAUAAACACAGGGGCCUUUCCCAGCAGUGGGGUCACGAUUCCUCUGGACACGUUGAGGUUAGCUCAGGUUUCUCUACUGAUAAGCCGCCUGGGUUGGAUGGCACAACGAGCCCAGCAUACUCGGCACACGUGUUCCCCACACCGGCUUCAUCCAGAGAGUCCAUCCUCUCGGAGAGCUGGGAUAGAGACAAGAUCUGGCCAGCCAUGUCGCUUUACUCUGUUGCCUCUCCUCCUUCUCUUAGCCGCACUGUUUCCCCGUGCUCCUCCGUCCGCUCUGGCGUCUUUUCUCCUGCCGUGGUUCAGAUCCGAAAGCACGCGCUUGCUCCGGGCUCCAGUCUGGUUCACAUCCCUCAGUCCUGUUUCUCAUCCUGCGACAGCCUGGCUUCUCCAGUCUGCCCACAGUCCCCCCUUCCACCCCGGCACCGGCCUCCCCUCACCAGACUCUCCCUCCUGACAGCCAUCCUGAGGAAAGGCCGUCUGCCCGUUCUGUCUGCAUCUCUCCGGAGGCCUUACACCCCCUGCUGGCCUGUUAACCCUGUGACCCUCACCUUCUGCAACGCAUGCUCAGCAGCCUCCAGCGUGGCCUCCAUUCCCCUAGAGUUUUCCUCUCCGUUCUCUUCAUCUGCAUCCUUAGAUAGUCAAACCUUUGCUCACCGGGAACCUAAUAAGUCUGUUACAGCCCCCCCGCCUAAACUCCCUAAUGAGCACAGCAGGGCUCAGACUUCAGAUAAAAUGUGCUCCGGGGAGAUUUGCCCGAGAAGCGUGCCAAAGUGGGAGCAGUUUAUUUCACCGCCCCCGUUGAAGAGCACAGUGUUACCAAGCGAUGCACCGCCACAGUUAUGCUCAAAACUCAAAAGUGUUUCACCGAACCACAAAGAAGUAACACUGCAACACUCUUAUGUGUUAAAGCCUCCUGAGCUGAAGCCCAGUUUUGAUCACAUGCACCUCAGCAGCAAAGGAGAGCGUCACCUUGAAAAACAAAUGACUCAUCCUCCACUUUUUCAUCAACCAGCCACUUCUGGAAUAGAGAAAAGUCAUCAGCAGAAUUCUUCUCUGUCAAAGCUUCGUUUGCUUUCUGAGCGACUGCGAUCGCCUUCUCCCUGCACCCCCUUCUCUUCUCCAUCACAUUCCCGCUCAGCCAGCGCCGCCACAUCACCUCUACCUUCUCUCAGUGUGGGAAGGUGUAAAUCACCGCAAGCUUUCCCCAACGCACUCAACCUGACGCCUUCCCGCUACACGCCCGUCGCUUUUUCCGGGUGGUCCUCGCCCAUCGGCUCUCCCACGCCUACGCCCUCGCCCGCCACACUAUUUCGAGACCUCACGCCAUCCCCUUCCUUCUCUCUGCUCUCCACGCCCUCCCCGAGGCCGGGGAGUGGAAUAUCAGACUGCAGUGACAGGGAGGGUAAAAAAAGAAAGCCUCACAUGAUUAAGUCAAGCUACAAAUCGCUCGCUGCAAUCCCUACAAACACUGUUCUCUUGGAUCAGCAGGUAAUAGAUGAGCAGGUGGAGAGUGAGAACAUCUUGAAAAGAGGCAUCACUAGUGAAAGGGCUGAUGAAGACACCCAUGCUGAAAUGUGCUCACCUGCUCAGCUCCGGCAGCAGUCCGAGGAGUUGUAUGCAGCCAUUGAUGAGAUACUGGCAAAUUCCACUCCACCAAGCAAAACGUCAUCCAAGAUCUCAAUGACUCACAUCAGUUUGCAGAACAACUCUGCCAAAUCCUUGGGACGUGAAACUAAAUAUGCAUCUUUAAGCAGCUUGCAUCCAUCUGCAAGUGUCAGAAGAAGGCUGAUGGACUCUAAAAGGACGACGCCUGGGGUUAUUCGUCCCACGAUGACCAUUCCAAGAUUGUCAGAGAAAGAUGGAGAAGAAUAUAGACACCAUCCCUUUGGAGAAACAGAUGCCCAUCGCUGCUUAAAAGGCAAAAAUGCAUGCAAGACGGAAAGUGUGGGCUUUGAAGACACUGGGGUAAAUGGUCACACAAGUAGAAAAAGGCAAGCGCUGCAAGGAGAAAGGACAUCUGAAAUAAGAAGUCCGUUUGCCAUGUGUGAAUUGCAGAUCAUUGAGCCUGAAGGCCAGAUAGGUCACUUUGAGGUAGAUCCCUCCACCUCUCUCUGCUCGGAAGCUUGUGAAACUCACAUUUAAGUCAAGAACAUCAAACAAUGGACCAUUUACCAUACGAAUCUGUAGAAGACAAAAUAUAUAUAUAUAUAUAUAUAUAUAUAUAUAUAUAUAUAUAUAUAUAUAUAUAUAUAUAUAUACACAUAUCAAGAGCUGUGUCCUGGUGAAAACAAACAUUCAUGAAUAAAUGUUUAAAGGUGGGGUUUAUAAAUCAGUUUCACCACAUUCCUUGACAUGUUGCCAGUGGCUUGGCAUGGAUCGUCAGUGCCAAGGGCAAGGCAAGCAAUAGGUGCUAAAACACCGAAUUUUCAAUUCGCACACACCAAAAGUAAUGAAAUGUCUCUCAGUUGACAAUAGCGCAAGGUUGCCUUGCUUUAAAUAAUUUAGGUGUUGACUUCUUUUACAACUGUUAGCAGUAGUUAAUUAUUAGGAUUCAAAACGUCACAACAACGCUAGACUUGUGUUGCCAUGCUGAAGAACUUGAGCGUCCCUGAGGAUAACCACAAUAAAAAGUACCGUAUUUUCAAGACCAUAAGGCACACUUAAAAGUCUUAAAUUUUCUCCAAAAUGGACGGGGCGCCUUAUAAUGCGGCCCGCCUUAUAUGUGCACCGAGUAAAUAUAUAUACAUAUUGAUGGCGGCACGGUGGGCGACUGGUUAGAGCGUCAGCCUCACAGUUCUGAGGAUGCGGGUUCAAACCCCGGCCCCGCCUGUGUGGAGUUUGCAUGUUCUCCCCGUGCCUGCGUGGGUUUUCUCCGGGCACUCCGGUUUCCUCCCACAUCCCAAAAACAUGCAUUAAUUGGAGACUCUAAAUUGCCCGUAGGCAUGACUGUGAGUGCGAAUGGUUGUUUGUUUCUAUGUGCUUCGCCCAGUCAAGAAGACGAAGCUGAGUUUCCGCGGAAACAAGGCAAGGUGGCCUGCGUUGGAAGACCAACUCGAGCAAUGGAUUAAUGAGCAAAGAACAGCUGGGAGAAGCGUCUCUACAUUCACCAUUCGACAGAGGGCAAUAACGCUUGCAGAAGAAAUGAAAAUCGAACAUUUUCAAGGAGGUCCGUCUUGGUGCUUUCGUUUUAUGAAACGGCGCCAUGUAUCCAUCCGGGCAAGGACUACCGUGGCGCAGCAACUUCCGGCGGAUUACAAGGAAAAGCUGGCCGUUUUACGCUCCUACUGCAGUGAAAAGAUUGCCGACAAACACAUCCAGCCCAACCACAUCACCAACAUGGACGAGGUGCCGCCCACUUUCGCUCACUUUCGACAUCCCGGUGAACCACUCUGUAGAGAAGAAGGGGACCACCACGGUAGCGAUACGCACAACGGGUCACGAGAAGUCAGCUUUUACUGUGUGCUUGGUUGCCAUGGUAGUGGACAGAAACUGCCACCUAUGGUGAUUUUUAAGAGGAAGAUGCUGCGUAAAGAAAGGUUUCCAGGCGAAGUCAUCGUUAAAGCCAAUCAAAAGGGCUGGAUGGACGAGGAGAAAAUGAGAGAGCGGCUGAGUGAGGUGUACGUAAAGAGACCGAUGUUUUUUUUCCACACGUCACCAUCCCUGUUGAUAUGUGACUCCAUGAGCGCCCAUCUCACAGCCGCUGUGAAAAAACAAUUGCAGCUAAGACUGGGAGGCAACGCCGGGCGAGUUACCCCACCAUAUGUGAAUGGAUUGUGGAUGCCUGAGCUAAGGUAUCUGCUUUGACUCUUGUCCGAGCUUUCGCGAAAGCCGGCAUCAUUGCUGAACAGCCCCCCGGCAACGAGACUGACUCUGACAAUGACGAGAGGGAACCUGGCGUGUUUGUUGGAGAACUUGCCCAGCUGUUCAUUUCAGAUACAGAAGAUGAGGACUUCGAUGGAUUUGUGGAUGAGGAUUGAUCUAAAAGGCACGGUGAACGACUGGUUAGAGCGUCUGCUUCACAGUUCUGAGGAGUGGGGUUCAAUCCCGGCCCCGCCUGUGUGGAGUUUGCAUGUUCUCCCCGUCCCUGCGUGGGUUUUCUCCGGGCACUCCGGUUUCCUCCCACAUCCCAAAAAUAUGCAUGGUAGGUUAAUUGAAGACUCUAAAUUGCCCAUAGUUGUGAAUGUGAAUGUGAGUGCGAAUGGUUGUUUGUUUAUAUGUGCCCUGUGAUUGGCUGGCAACCAGUUCAGGGUGUACCCCGCCUCCUGCCCGAUGAUAGCUGGGAUAGGCUCCAGCACACCCGCGACCCGAGUGAGGAGAAGCGGCUCAGAAAACGGAUGGAUGGAUUGAUCAAAAAAUAACGUGAGUACAUUGUUAAAUACUUCAAUAAAGUACAACCGAACUCAGUUUUGCUCCCGCUGCCUUUUUAAAAACAUUGUUUUAGCAUGCAUGCAUGCUAACGUAUGUUUUAAGCUAGCGUAUGUUUUACCAUGCCUGCGCCCAAUAAUACGGUGCACCCUAUGUAUGUGUUAAAUACAGAAAUAGACCCCGUAACUGAGGCUGCGCCUUUUAAUACGGUGCACCUUAUGGUCGUAAAAAUACGGUACUGUUUGUUGAUGAGAAAUAUGAUCAAGUGAAUAUGAACAGUCUCACCCAGCAAAUUCAAAAACAGUUAAAGUAAAGCAGAGAUUACGACAUGCUAAAUAGCUUUGGUAAUAUCAGUCUGUUCAUUUUCCAUCAGUGUGUAAGACUCCAAUCCAGGAUAGGAGAAUCUCUUCUUGAGAAUCUCUAAUGUUUUGAACUCCUGCUUCCAUGCCAGUGUUUUGCUGCCCAGAGGUGGUGUGCUUUAGUAGAGGUAUGCGUCGAAUUAGGCGCAAUUAUUAUAUUAAACAAAAUUGAAGGAAGUAAAUAAAUUAAAAAUAAAAAAAACAUUUGUGAAUGACAUAAAAUAAAAAUGAGAAUUAAAAAAAAUACAUUAACUAAAACGACAUUUUACGUUUGCAAAACUAUAAUUAUCGUGAAAAUCUCAGUUUUUGUCUUUGUCAAUUAAUUUCAUACAUGAGCUUUCGGCAUUGAUUUCAAAUGUAUUGAUUUCAGAUAAAUACAUACUGUAGAUAGAGAACGGAUAUGGAAAGAAUGUCGAACAGUCCUUUGGGAAUUGUAGUUCACUUACUGUGUGUCGCCUAAAAGUGACGCCAACGGGCACGUCGUAUUGGUGGCUCGUCCAGACUAACCGCAAGUUUUGCCGUGAAGCUAACUUUUACUUCCAAGUUGUUUUUGUUGAUACAUGUUGCUAACGGAAACGGGUAAGAAGGCUACUGACUAGCUAGUGCCUUCACGGAAACUGCACGUUAUUCGUCUUUUGGGGAAAAUUCAGAGAAACGGACAGCUGCAAGACAAGAGUCUCAAAAUGCCACUGAGGCAGAUGUGAAAGCAGACAAGGAGUUUGUCUCGCUGACACAGCAGGUGAUUGAACUACUGCAACAACCCUUCAGCAACAGCAGGAAAAUCUUUCUCACAAUAAUCAUGGACUCAACAACAACAACAACAAGACAGACUGGAUGCACUUUCACUGGCGAUACAGCAGGUAAAACCAAGCCUAUGUUAUAUCCAUCUGUCUAUCGAACAAUCACAAACCUGAAAGUCCACUUGAGAAGUUUGCAAUGUAAAUAUAUAAACUAAUUUUGAAAGAGGCCAUACUACAGCAUGUGUCUGAUGAAUGGUUUUACUGUAUGCUGUGAUGCAUCUAAUCUAAUUUUACCAGCAGCAUUAUGCACUGCACUUAAUGCACUUCAAAUUCUGUCAACUGUUAUACAGUACCUGUGUUUGAUUUGUGGUUGGUUGUUCAUCUGAAACAUGCUCAGCACUAGGUCUCUGUGCUCCCCAGACUGAACCAGUACUGGUAAAUCCAAGUAAAGUAAAUCCAAACUGGCUGAAAAGCUUCAAGAUGCGAUUCAUUAACAAUUAAUUCCAAACAAUCAAUAUCCUUUUCAUUCCACCAAUAAUGACCAACCCUAAUCCAAAAAUAUUUGUAAAUCUGGUAAAGUGUGUUAAAAUGCACUGUAUAUUUACCACUAGUAUUGGGGGAGGAGGAGUGAUAUUCUUUAAGCACCUGCAGCAGCUUGGCAAAAUUGCCCUACUUUAAUUUGGCAAUUAUAAUUAUUGUGUUUUUUUUUAAUAGUGCGAGUUAUGGAACAUUGCAGUACCAAUGACUUCUAAUAGUCAAUCUUCCUAUCUUGUAAAUACACAUAAGCAUUACCCGAGGACAGUAUGGUUGUAAUUAGAAGAAAAAUUCAACAGUAUAGUGGGAAGCAUUUUAACUGCAAAUAAUGUUCAAACAUUUAAAGAAUUUUUAUCGUAGGGUGAACUAUAUUUAAUACAAUGGUUCAUUAGGUUAAUAUUUGAGAGAAAGAGUUAUUUUUUUUGCAUUUUAUAAAACCAAUAAAGAUUGCGGCUGUAUUGCAAUGUAGUGCUAUUGUUUAAUUUACAGUAUUAGUUUGUUUCUUUGUUUAGACCAUACAGCAUAUGUAUAAGACUUUCACGCUUCCGUCAUUAAAAGAUACUAUUGAAGCCA